GUAUGAUCAAGGACAAAGUUAAUAGGUGUUUGAAGGCGGAAGAAGAUUUACCUGUUAUUAAUAUGGCUAAACAAGGAACAACAUCGCACCGAAAGAGUGAUAUACAGAGAGGAGGGUUUUUGGUUGUUGCUGCUAUUGAUUUUGGAACUACUUACAGUGGAUACGCCUAUUCCUUUGUUCACAAUCCGAUGGAUAUCCAGUCUUCUCACACGUGGUAUGCCGGGACGUCAGGUCUGGCGUCCAUGAAAACUCCCACGUGCCUUCUACUAAAGUCUGACGAAUCUUUUGACUCCUUUGGAUACGAAGCAGAAGAUAACUUUGCAGACAUUGUGGCUAACAAUCUGCAAGGGGAUUACUUCUAUUUCACACGGUUCAAAAUGGACCUUUAUCGAAAGAAGACGGUUACUAGAGGAAUGGAAAUACAAGACAUCAACGACAAAGUUCUCCCGGCGCUGAGAGUAUUUUCCUUGUCCAUUGAGUACCUAAAAACCCAUCUCCUUCGGACUUUGAAGGACCGCAUCUUGACCAUUACCAUUUCUGACGUCAAGUUUAUUCUGACAGUGCCAGCAAUAUGGACUGAUGCAGCGAAACAAUUCAUGAGGGAAGCGGCUAUCGAGGCAGGAAUAGACAGCGGUCAGUUGUUUCUUGCUCUGGAACCGGAAGCAGCGUCACUGUAUUGUCGGACAUUCCCAAUGGAAAUGAUAAAUGAAGAUGGACUCUCCAUAGCAUACAAAGGAUCGCAAUACAUAAUCGCUGACAUUGGGGGUGGAACCGCUGAUUUCAGUGUUCAUGAGAUUGAGUCCAAAACCACUAUUAUGGAACUUCAUAAGGCAACUGGGGGUGAUUACGGCGGCGAAUUAGUGAACGAAGAGUAUGUGCAAAUGUUUCAAACAGUCUUUGGUGUGGAUGCAUUGCAUCAACUGAAGAGGGAAGAUUUAGAAGAUUACAUAACUUUGCUCAGAGAAUUUGAAACAAAGAAAAGAACCGUUAAACUGCAAUCCACUAGUUCAUACAAUGUUCGCAUUCCUGCUUCGCUAGCCGAAAUCUCGAAAUCAAGAGGUCGAAAUUUGAAGGAGGCAAUAAAUUCCUCCGAAUAUGAACGUUUCGUCAGCAUUGCAAGAGAUAAGUUAAAAAUAGAUGCUCUACAGAUGCAAAGUUUCUUUGAUAAGAGUAUACGCGGCAUAGUUCAUCACAUAAAAGAAAUACUCAAUAAAUUUCCUAACAUACGAAUAAUCAUCGUCGUUGGCGGAUUUGGGGAGUGUAUCCUUCUACAGGAAAAGCUGAAAACGUUCUUUCAAAAGAAGUCGAUUAUUAUUCCGGAACAUUGUAGUUUGGCCGUACUGAAAGGCGCCGUUCUCUAUGGCCAUUUUCCACUUUCCAUAUCGUCAAGGUUAAUGCGAUAUACGUACGGUGUUCAUGCAAAUUUGAACUUUGUCCAUGGUCUUCAUCCUGAAACUCACAAAUUCUUAGAUGAAGACAGCAAAGAAAAAUGUCGUGGAGCUUUUGUUAAGAUAAUUUCAAGUGGAUCUCGAGUCUUGGCAACUGGAACAACUGUUAAGCUUAAGGGUCACCCAUUAUCAAAACAUGACACGAGUGUUACCACGAAAAUAUACUACACCGAGAAAGAAAACCCUGUUGUGGUCGACGAUUCUUGUGUAUUUUUAAAGGCAAUAACACUUCCUUUUCCAAAGCACGUCCACGAGAAGCGUAUAUGUGAAGAGGUAUAUACGUUUGGACUUACGGAAUUAAAAUACAAAGCAACAAUUCUUGACACUAAGGAAGUUAUAACAGAUUCUAUUGAUUUAUUGGACUGAACGAUGAGCAGAAUAUUUGUGAACGGUUUAAAAACGUAAUGUGAAUUAUUUCCAAAACAAUAUAAUUUCAUAAAAUAAAAGGAAAAGUCACUUAAAAAA